CAAAUAAUGAUACCAUAGAUAUUACACCAACUUGUAUUAUAUCAGGAAAUCUUAUUAAAACAUAUUUUGGCACUGAUUAUCUUGCUGACAUUCAUACUUCAUUAAAUAAUGCUGAUCAUCUUCAAUACUAUAUUGAUAAAAUCCAAAAAGAAAUUCAUCCUCAGGG